AUGUCUUCAAGAAUAUGGUCCAAAUCUGCAUCAGCUACACUAUGUCAUCUACUACUUUCCGCAGCACCGGCUCUCGGUCACAUGGAGAUGAGCUGGCCUUACCCUCUGCACAGCAAGUACGAUCCCGAGAAUACAUACCAAAAUAUCGAUUACAGCAUGACAUCCCCCUUGGAUCCGGAUGGCUCCAGCUUCCCUUGCAAAGGAUAUCAGAAUGACCGACCGAUUCGGACCACGGCGACCUAUGCGGCGGGUUCAACGUACAACAUGACGUUAGCUGGGACCGCUACGCACCGUGGCGGCUCUUGCCAGAUCUCUCUCUCAUACGACAAUGGCGCGACGUUCAGGGUGAUCAAGAGCGUGGUCGGAGGCUGCCCGCUCCAGUCUACUUACGACUUCACAAUACCAUCCUACGCACCGACCGGGGAGGCGUUACUGGCUUGGACCUGGUCCAACAAUGAAGGCAACAGAGAAUACUACGUGAGUCCAUGUUGCAAGCAGUAGGACUGUGCAGAGAUGGCUGACGUGCUCAUAGAUGAACUGUGCGGAGGUUAAUGUGAUAACUGGCGCGACCAGACGGCGGCGCAGGCAGACAUACAACAGCUUUGAGAGCCUGCCUUUCAUCUGGAAGGCCGAUCUCGAAGGCUUGAAUGACUGCACGACGACCGAGGGCGAAGAUCCAGUGUAUCCGAACCCGGGUCCGGACGUACAAUAUGGCAACGGCGUCAGCAGUUCUAGCACUCCUAGUCCGGGCACGUGCGACUCGCCCAGACCAUAUGGAAAGUCGUACAAGGAUCUGGGGGAUAGUUCCGAAGCACCCACUGCGGGUAGCACUCCAUCAUCGCCCUCGCCAGACCAGAACAGCACGUCGAUGACGAGGUCUGCGUAUUACCCAGGAUCGACUGGAUUCUCCUCUCAUGGUAGCGAUAGGGCUGCUUCUCCAAAUCAAAAUCCGCAGGAGCUCGCAGUGUCAGCAGCGUCUCAAUCAACGACAACUGUCUACAUUGAUUGUACAGAUACCGUCACCAUCACCGUCGCAGCCACAACGCCAUUGCCGCCGACUGCUUCUUCGAGACCUCCUCAGAUCAUCCCUUCCACCACAAAACCCACGCCGCCUCUCCCAACAGGGCCCAACUCGGGCUCAGGCUCGGGCUCGCCAAAUUCCCCCCAUCCACCCUACGCGAGCGGCGACGUAAACCGCUACCUCCCCUGUGUCCCCGGCACCUUCCUCUGCACGAACGCAAACAUCUGGCUGACCUGCGACUCCAACGACGGCAGCAGUAGUGUCCGCUCCUCCGAGACAUGGGUCUACCUGCACUCCCGCCCCGUCGCCGCCGGCAUGAUGUGUCUGCCCUGGCUUUCGAAAUAUACCGGCGGCAAUGCGCAGUACGCCCAGCAGGCACACGUGGCCCGUGGCAGCUAUCGGGACGAUCGCGUCGUGCGCGCGAGACCCGAUGGGGAUUGCGGGAGUGAUGGCGCUUUAAGGUGUACCGACGGCGGACGGGCGUUUGAGGUUUGUGAUCAGGGGGGUUGGGUUCAGAUGGGGAGUGUCGCUGCCGGGACGACUUGUUCUAAUGGUGCGAUUGUGGCGGCUUGA